UUUGUGGAUUGUGAGUCUUGGAGUCUCGAUUCCCCCAGUCUCGUGGGGAGUCAUCACUGGAGAUCGGCAAUCGUUGUGUAUUCAUUCAGAGCACCCAUACACUCGCAGAGGACGUCGUCUAUUUUGCGUUUUUUCUUCUGUUAUGUUUUUGUAGUUUUUUGUUGCUUUUCGUUAUUAGGAAAUCGAAAACUGAAGCUGCGGCUGCGGCCGAGUCUAUCAUCAGUCCGUGAGACGGUCUCAAAGCUAUUGGUCGUGUAGUCGCUUGUCGGAAAAACAACACCAGCCCGUAAGGCUGAGCAAGAGAGACAGGGUGUGUGAGUUAGUGAGAGUUCCAACACGUAACCAGCUCGUAACGUAACGCUAUGCCAUCGGUGAUAACGGUAUAAAAUUCAAAAUGAAACUUUACCGCGCAACCUUUAAGUGAAGGAUCAGAGCUUCUACUUCAAAAAACACCCAAUCGAAUGUGAAAACUUAAAAUAGAAACAAUUUAAAACGUCAACUGCUCCCCCAAAACCCAAUUCCUAACUUUCCGUCCUAGAAACAUAAACUAUCUCCGUAAGCCUUCCUAUAGACCGUAAAUCAACCCAAUCUUAAACACAAAUCAAGGCACAAAUCUAAAUCUUAAAAUCAGUUCGGAAAACCGCCUCUAUGGACUACGCCCAGAAUGCGAUGUGAUAGUAACUCUCACACAGGUGCAGGCCAAGAUGCAUAUCUAUGGCCUAUAUAUGUAUACCAGAGAUCGGUGCUAAAUCAAUGAUAACUACAUGCUUAGAUCCAAUUAAUGCAAAUUGUGACAGCGCGUAAAUGCAAAGUGAAUUAAGCUGCACGGAAAUCAACAGCAACAACAGCUUGGAGUAGAAAAAAAGCUGCGAGACAUGUGUACAGGUUGAUGAUUAUGGGCAGACAUUAAACAGACAAUCCAUAAUGAAAUUAUAAAAUUGAAAAGAUUAUAGCCCGAGCCGAGCGGUUGAGAGGAAACUGAAUCAACUACUGGGAAACUGGGAAGUGAAAAAAAGAUUGGAUCGAUUUGAAUCUGCUUGGCUUGGCUUGGCUGGGGAUCGAUGUCAACUGGAAGCUGAGCUGAGAACAGCUCGCCAAUUAAACCUAAUUAAAUAAAGAAAUAUAAUAAAAAGUAAUUCUGCAUAACUUGUAUCAUAAAUCAGACCACGCCGACCUAUCCGAGUGAUUGUUCAAAAGUGUUAAGAAAAAAAUGCAAUAAAAGUGUACAUAUCUCAAAGUGCAGCGCGCUUCCUUCCCCUAAUAUACGUACAACAAAAGCUCCUAACUACCAAUACUAUACAAACUAACUAAACCAAGUAAAUUAUAAAACUAAACUAAUAAAGUAAUAUUGGCAGGAUCUACUUAAAAAUACCAAAAAAAAAGAGAAAACUUUUAUGAUUUUCAUAACGCUACAAGUCCCAACUGAAAAACGUUCUGAUAAAUUGAAAUUGUGGAACUGCAAUAUCCGUCGGCUUUGCUCGGGAGGCUAGGAAGUAUAUGUUUUUGGCCGAUUGCAGGAUGACUUACGGCCCGCACAAACAACAGAAACCAGCUUUAGUAAUAACUUUAACCACCAGAAGAUCAAAUUCGUAUAGCAGCCAAUGCCAGACGAGGCAACAUCCGCAAAGGCAACUGAGGAAAAAUAGACAACAACACUGCUGCUGCCAUAGCCUCCGAACGGUGCUCAAAUGGUGAUUUCUUCCUGCCAGCGGCCAACGGAUAUCCGUGCGGAUUUUGUACCAACAACACACCAUAACACGACUAGGAACCAUUGAGAGAAACAACAGCCUGGGCACCAAGUUGUGCAAUUAGAGCAAAGCUGAUCCGUAAACUAGAAGAGGCUGGCAAACUGAUGCUACCAAUGCAAUUGAAUAAACUGAGAAUCAUACACAUCCUGCAAAACCAAGGCGACUUUAAGCCAGUACUGGGCCGCGUCAGAAACAGAAAAAGGAACGGGACGAUAGAACUCAAAAAUCUGCAAGCUGAGCCAUCAAUCAGCCGCCAAUCAAUCAAUCAGUGAUUGAAUCUGAAAGAGGAAAGCAAGGAAAACUCGGUUACCGCAUCAGAGACCUAUGAGAGUUAUGAGAGAGAAAGACCACUCACCAAGAAAGAUGCUUCCUAGCCCGAAACAGGGCUGCGUAUACCCUGCCUUAGGAUUAAUACCCACUUCAUAUAUAUCACAUGUACCUUACGAUCUGGCCUCCUCGACGGUGGCGUCCACCUCGUCCUCUUCGUCUUCGUCAUCGUCCUCGCCAACCACAACCUCUGCGGCGUUUACGGCGAGGCUGCAACAACAGCACCAGCAUCAGGCCCACCAGCAACUCCACACACUGAACCACAAUGCCAAGGGGAAGCGAAGAGGCAGCUUGGAUCAGCCGCUGGAUCUGCGGCUGGCUCACAAACGGAAGCCUGACUUGGCCGACCAGGAGCCCAUGGAGGACGAGAACAGCAAUCUGAUCAUGUUCGCCGGUGAACUGGCUCAGGUCCAGCAAAAGGAAAAGGAGCUGAACAACAACCAUAUAGCAGCUUCCCUGGCAGACCUGGGCUUCGACAUGAGUAGGAAAAUGUUGAGGGCCCUGAGGGAGGGGGGAGGAGCUGCCAGCGGUCCUGUAGGACCUGGUGCGGGAACCCCGGCUCUGACCGGCCCGCCAUGCUCGCUGCCCGCCGUUCAUCCCACUCUCCUAGAGGCUAUGACCAAGAACUUGCCUUUGCAGUACCGGAACGUAUUUGCUGGCGUGUUGCCCGGAAAAGUAACCAGUCCGUCGGUGUCUUUGAGUAGUCCGACUGGUUCGGACUUUCAUUUCAGGCAUCCGUUGAAAAAGUGCGAGCUCACCUGGCCGCCACCCACGGAGCAACUGCAGCUGGAACUGCCCAGUUCGAAUGCCAAACUUUCACCACCCAUGUUACCGCAUCCUCAGCUGCAGGAUUACCAAACGCGAAGGAAAAAUAAGGCUGCAGCGGGAGCGAAACCGGGAAGUAAUCCUUCUGGUACGGCCAACAUCCCGCAGCGCAACAAGGAUCGCUACACGUGUAAGUUCUGCGGCAAAGUGUUUCCUCGAUCGGCGAAUCUGACGCGACACUUGCGGACCCACACGGGCGAACAGCCCUACAAGUGCAAAUACUGCGAACGUUCCUUUAGCAUUUCCUCGAAUCUGCAGCGCCACGUACGAAACAUCCACAACAAGGAGCGCCCCUUCAAGUGCGAGAUCUGCGAGCGCUGCUUUGGCCAGCAAACCAAUCUGGACAGACACCUUAAGAAGCACGAAUCCGACGCUGUGUCGUUGAGUGCUCUAUCCGGGGUGAGCGAACGAAUGCACUGCAUCCGUAGGUUCUGCGAGAAUCCCACAGAAGAAUCCUACUUCGAGGAGAUACGCAGCUUUAUGGGCAAGGUUACCCAGCAACAGCAGCAGCAGCAACAGCAACAGCAGCAACACGAACACGACCAGAUGCCGCACCAUCAUCCACUGCAGUUGCAACCACACCAGUCAUCAGCCACUUCAGCGGCCAGUUCGUGUUCCUCCUCCCGUGACACGCCCACUUCUUCGCAGGCGGAGGAGACAGACAAUGUUGCGGCGGCCACCAUUGCCACCGAUGCCACCGGAUCAACAACAGCUAGCCAAGAUCAGGGGGAUGAGGAGGAUACCCAGCCUAUUCUGGAGCGGAAGAGAGCCCUGACCACCAAGCUAUUUAGCACAAAACCAACCACGCCAGAAAAAUCUAUUAAGGAAGAGGAACCCUAAUUUCAACAACACAAUUUCCUAUUAAAGAAACGUAAACGAUAAAGCGCAGAGUUAUACUCGUGAACUAUGUCUAAAAUCUAGCUGAGGACCAGAUCCCUAACUAUUUCUAAAACCUAGAUGUAAAUAUAUACUUAAACCUUAAAUGUUCUACCGCUAUGUGUAAAUCUAAUUGUACAAAUCGAAAAUUGGCAACCCAUUUACAAAUACUAUAUACUUAAGUAUAUUUGUAAACGCAUGUGCAUAACUUUUAUUAGAUUCUUCCUAAGCAUUGGUAUUUUUUGUACAUAUAAAAUCGUGACAGGACAAAAAAUGUAUGGAUGUUGAUGAAACAAAACGCACCCACUGUUUAAAUAAAAAAGUUACCAGUUUUUAAAAUUAUUGAAAAAGUGCAUU